AAACCCCACCAGAAUCUGACACUGAAAGAACAUUAUUUACCACAACGACAGAUCAGGCGACAAUUCCAGUUGAAGAAACUGUCACAUUCUUAGUUAUUAUAGUAAUUGCUGAACCAUUCGUCCCCGAGCUGCAGAACAGGCGAAGUCAGGCGUUCAGAAAUUUGAGAAGUAGAUUCCUGGUAUUCUUGAUUCCAAUAUACCGCAAUAGACGUGGUUUUGUUGGCAUAAUCUUCAAUUCAUUUUCCCAAGGAAGUGUUGUUGCGGAUAUUGAAAUAUUAUAUAAUUCCACCGAACCAAUUCCGACUGUUGAGGAAGUUCAAUCACCAAUCGCCGAAGCAAGAGAUAAUGGAUCGGCGCCAUUCAAUAUUUCAAGUUUUCAAGUCGCGAAAAAGGGCGAGUCACAAGAUGGAUUCGAAACUUGGAAGAUUGGUGUCGCUGUUUGUUUUGCUUUCGUACUUCUUCUUCUUAUUUUUAUUUCAGUUAUG